UUUCCCCCAAAAACACGUCAAAAUCGAAACUGGUUUCCCACCACAGGCGGUCAGUCGCUCCGUUGCACCCAUGUAAAUGGGUAGAUUUUCGUCAGUCGUUUCAUUGAAAAUAAAAAAUUCACGUCACCACCAUUCCCUACCGCUACUCCUCGCAUUCUUAUCAGUCUCCGUUGAUUUUCAGCCGCGAAAUGCGCUCUGCAACAACAAUCCUUUGUUUUUUCAACAACUCGAAAAAAAUACUUUUCUGUAGCAAAUCACAGCAAGUGAUAAGAAAUUUGAGUGUUAGUUCGAGUACCAAGAUGAGAUUCGUGCAGUUUAGACUGAAGGCGGGCGGUCUGCCGCACUUGGGGGCGCAGUUGAGUCCAGACGGGGACGUUUUUGAUAUCAGCAAUGUGGACCACUCCAUCCCCAACACCCUGACCAAAUUUUUGGGGGCUGGUGGCGAUGUUUACGAACGGGCGAAAAGGUUAGUCGCCUCGGGAAAAUCAGUAGUACCGCUAACAGACGUCGAUCUGCUCCCACCAAUCAUAAAACCAGACAAAGUAGCCUGCGUGGGAUUAAAUUACAGCGGCCACUGUGACGAACAGAACAUCCCUCACCCUCGAGAGCCCAUGUUUUUCAGCAAGUUCGCGUCAUGCAUAAUCGGACCGUACGAUGACAUCCAGCUACCCGUGAUCAGCAACAGCGUCGACUGGGAAGUUGAACUAGCCGUCGUCAUAGGAAAAAAAGCCAAAGCGAUCAGAUCUGACCAAGUCAACGAUCACAUUUUUGGAUACACAGUCGCGCAAGACAUUAGUGCACGGGACUGGCAGAAGAAGCGAAACAACGGGCAGUUUUUAUUGGGUAAAAGCAUGGAUACGUUUUGCCCAAUGGGACCUGCAGUUGUCACGAAGAAUAAAGUCGACGCUAAUAAUUUGAGCAUCAAGAGUUGGGUUAACGGCAAGUUGAAACAAAACGGGAAUACGUCAGAGAUGAUUUUCAAGAUUGAUUUUCUCGUUUCUUAUUUGUCUCAGAUAGUUACGUUGUAUCCGGGUGACGUCAUCCUCACGGGAACCCCCGCUGGCGUGGGCAUGCACCGCAACCCCCCUGAAUUCCUACACAAAGGUGACAUUCUAGAAAGCGAGAUCGAAGGAAUUGGUAAACUGAAAAACACUAUUGUCUGAUUUUGUACAAUACAAAUAAAGAUUUUAUUAAAUAA